AUGCCUUUUGAGAUAGCAGAUUCGGACGCCGAGUCCGAUUUCGACUCGCCUGUUAAGAGACCCGCCGUUCACGAGCCUGGAAAAGAAAACCCCCUCCCAAGUCUGGUUUCACUUCCCGUCAUCGAUCUUGAUGAAUAUCUGGAUCCAACUCAAAAGCUCUCAUCCUCCAUUCCGCACUAUCUAAGUGACUUCAAUCAGCUGGAUGGCUCUACGGACAUUACCGUCUCCAGAACAGCCGACUUACAAACCACCACACUCGUGGGAGAUAUCUUGCCGGGAAUGGGAACCAAGAAGAGAGCCCAUAGUGCUUUGCAAGAUAGUCUCGGCGAGUUACAGCACCAUAAACCGACUGAGAACCCGAAAGUAAAGAGGUCAAAAACGUAUGGUGCAGCAUCCAGACCUCGAACUAGCCAAGAUGACAAUUUGUUUGCACCAUCCCCCGAAUGCGCUCUCGAGCCCAGGGAUUCAAAAUCUAUCGAUCAGGAUCAUGGCGCAGCAGAUCAGAUAGUGACGGACACACGUACUAUCCCUGCUCAUCUGAGCAUGCCAGUCUCGACCGACACAAGCAAGCAAACCGGGGUGUUUCCGCUCCUCGACCGAUCCUUGGCUGACUCGACUCACUGCAUGACCACCUCAAUAGCCUCGAUGGGAAAAUACCAAUCAAUUAACAUAGACUUCCGGGGCUCGGGUCACGGGCUGGAUGUCAAUACAAAUCCAUUUGGACCAUUAAGUCAAGUCUCCUUCGUGGAAGAACCCAGUCAAGCGAAUCCUGGAUACGUCACGGAUUUGACCGAGGUUGACGGGGCCAAAUCGACUGACAGUGGCGGAUAUUAUCAUAUGGUCUCUGCUCACGAGCCAUGUCAAGACCAAUCGCUGCAUGUCCUAUCACAGUCCUCACCACCAAGACCUCUGGCCAUUGAUGCUGCUCACACGCGCAAGGACGGAGCUGCAUCCUAUGCCGACGGAGACGAUCGCUUCCAUGUACCUGAGAUCCCGAACGAUAUGCCUGAUCCAGCCAACGGGGCGGAAAAUGUGACACUGUCCAUGGAAAAAGCCUCAGGGCCCAAAAAACGAGGCCGUAAAGCGAAAAAUUCGAGACUUCCCUCCAAGUCUCCUGCCCCUAGUCUCGAUGAGGAUCUAAACAAUGUAGAUUUCUCAGUUCUGGCGAACCCUACCAGAGCUCGACGAGGAACAGUGGAGUCGGAAUCUCAAGCAUCUCAAAUAUCUGCGACAAACGCUCCCAGCAAGAAGCGGAAGAGAAGGAAAUCGACACAAAUCGAUGAAGAGGAAGCUGGAGGGGAUGCUGCGGAAUUGACAAUUGUAGAGCACCCAAUGGGCGAUUUGAAUUUGAGCGACGAAGUUAUGAUUGGGCUGCCCAAAGAAGCGUACAAUCCACGCCCUAGCCGCUCUCGCUCUAAAAUUAUUGUGGAAGACGAGACAGAGCAACAGACCACUGAAUCCUCGCCCGUCAAACAGCCAACAAGCGACCUCAAUCCUAGUGAUGAAGUGUUGAUUGGACUACCCAGAGAAGCUUACAAGCCCCGUCCUAGUCGCACGCGAUCAAAGAAGUUUGUUGACCAAGAUGAGGGUCUUCUUAUUCCACGGGGAGCCGAUGAUGAACACUGCACUCCAGCAAAGGACAAUAGCAACGACAAUUUAGAUCAAGAAACCCCUGUCAUACCUGCGGCAAAAUCAAGCUCAAAGGAAGGGAGAAAGAGCAAAGUCAAGCGUGCGAAAACCUCAGCUGCGGCCCUGCUCAAAAAGGCCGACCCAAUGUUAAGUGAUGGUGAAGAAGACGUCGUCUGGAUGGACUCGAAACCGGCACCGGUCAAGUUAGACCUACCGCCUGACUUGAAGGCGUUGAAGAAAGAUCCCGAUGCACCCAAGGGCAAGCAAGAGUAUGAAUACAGACAGGAGAGCGAGGAGGUCAAAAGUGCUAAGAGCACCAAUAUCACGAUCGAGAUUCCCAAUCGGUCCGAGGUUAAGGACCAUGUAGUGGAGCCUAAGAAGCGCGGCAGGAAGCCAAAGGAAACAGGACCACAGCAACAGGAUCACAAUACUAAUGAAGAAGUGGAAGAAGAGCAAGUAUCAUGUCCAAAAAGUCGUUCACCGCUAGCCGAGAAGUCCAAGAAUAUACUCAACGGCGCAGACAAGGAUCUGGCCGAGAAAGCCUCGAGACAGGCGCCCACUGUCUCACCGAUCACAUCUCCCGAGCCAGAGGAUGAGAAGCAUGCGCAGUCGGAGGAGAACGGCGCCUCAUCUGGCGGAGGCAAAAGAAAUCAGUCAAUCACCACACCCGCAAAGUCAAAGCCUGCUGCACCACCCUCGUCUGCAGAAAAAGGUCCAACAAAGCACUCCCCCAUCAACCCGCCGAGUCUUACGAGUUCGGGGAGGAAAGUGAUUUACCGAAUUGGUCUGUCUCGCAGGCAAAACAUUCCAAGCCUCCUCAGGAAGGUGGACAGAGCAAGGCCGCCGCCAAAGAAUGUGGUAAGGAAGGAAAAGGAAAGUAAAAAGAAGAAGGAUGCAGAUGCAGACUAUGAGGGAGAGGAUGGAGCUGAAAGGCCAGGGGAGAUGAGAGGCCCUGAUGGAAUGCUGAUUGAGUGGGAGUUCUAG